AUGGCACCAGCCGCGGUGCACUUACAUACGCUGGUGGUCAGGAAUGCGAAAGCGUUGAAGGCUGCCUGGCGACAUGCUGCGAAGCUCAUACAGAACCAGCUACCUGCAGGCUCACGUCCCACACAAGCACAACUCCAACCAAUCCUCGCUCGAAACACUCCUACACACCCUCUUCACCGCAUCGCGUAUCUGAAGCAGAGCAAGGGGCGCUGGUACACUACCCACAGCAGUAUUUCGGCCGCCGUACGCCGAUUUACCACUGCUGCAUCGCGCUCCUCGGGCGUCAAGUUCGAUAAGUCGUCCUUCCCCAAGUCACGCAUCGGCACCAUCGUCAACGCCCAGGCUGGUCGCGCACCGUUUGCCUCAACCCUACGACCGAACAUCACCGGAGGCACACUUGGCCGUACAGCUGGAGGCUAUGGCUGGGGUUCUGGUCGAGCCGGAGGUGCCAGGUACUUCUCUCAUGGCCCAGCGGCGCCUGCACAGGUCAUCAACAAUGUCUCUCAGGCCGUCCGAGCUUUCUUGAUCUCUGGUCAGAAGGCGCAGUACGAUGGCAUCGAUCCCCAUCGUGGUGAGAAGCGCUUCAAGACUGUUACUGCCCUGCAAGACCAGGUCAACCGUACACUCAACAAGGUGCCCAAGGCUACGCCUGGCUCCUACGUCAGCUUCAGCAUCAACCCUACCGUUACCGCUCUCACCCCUUUGAAGGCCGUCAAGGGCUUCGCCGCGUCGCAAGAGAAGGACUCGCUGAAGAGCGAGGGUCUCCUCGAUAUCCUCUCUGUCGACUUUACUCGUGCAGUCAAGGAACUCGCUGCGGUCUUGAAAGAUUUGCAACGACUGUCGGAGCUCGGUGACUUGCCCAUUACGUACGAGGAUUCCACUCUCAAGAUACACUUUCCCGGCUGCGACCGCGACACAGUUGAAACGAUUUGCAGCGACUUUGAAGUACAACGGGGCGUAGUACAUCAAGACGAAGACUUCGACGCCUUUAUUGGCACUGAAAUUGCUCUGCUCUUCCCUUUUGCUUCGAGCAGGACGCCGUCCGAAUGCUCGUUCUUUGAGAAGCCAGUUACCGGUCGACAACACGUGCAGCCUAUCGAUUGGGAGCAGAUGCUUUCACCGUCUGUGUUGACUUCCGACGAGUACUCAACCCAUUCAGAAGACGGCUUCGACGAAUGUCUCGACAUUGAAGAGGAAGUCACCAACCCAUGGCUAUCAUCCUCCUCGCCUUCGGGUUACGAAUCUUUGCACACAAGCGAGGCAGACGAGGUCAACCACAACGCACCGCUCGAGUACCAAGGUGUUGAGGGCAUGUACAGGUUCAUGUCACACUGCGAGACGGGUGUGCGGUAG